GGGUGUGGGAGGGAGGGAGGGAGGGAGGGGGGGACGGCGGCUCCCGCGGCGGCUCCCGAUGGCUCGUCCGCGGCCCCGAGAAUACAAGGCUGGAGACCUGGUGUUCGCCAAAAUGAAGGGGUACCCGCACUGGCCGGCCCGGAUUGAUGAACUCCCUGAAGGAGCCGUGAAGCCUCCAGCAAAUAAAUAUCCCAUCUUCUUUUUUGGGACUCAUGAAACUGCGUUCCUGGGGCCCAAAGACCUUUUCCCAUAUAAAGAAUAUAAAGAUAAGUUUGGGAAGUCGAACAAACGAAAAGGAUUUAAUGAAGGCCUGUGGGAAAUAGAAAACAACCCUGGAGUAAAGUUUACUGGAUAUCAGGCAAUUCAGCAACAGAGCUCAUCAGAAACUGAGGGAGAAGGAGGAAAUACAGCAGAUGCCAGCAGUGAGGAGGAAGGAGAUCGGGUAGAAGAGGAUGGAAAAGGCAAAAGAAAGAACGAAAAAGCAGGCUCAAAACGAAAAAAAUCCUACACUUCAAAGAAAUCCUCCAAGCAGUCACGGAAAUCUCCUGGAGAUGAAGAUGAUAAGGACUGCAAAGAGGAAGAAAAUAAGAGCAGCUCUGAUGCUGGGGACGCAGGCAAUGACACAAGAAACACUUCUUCAGAUUUGCAGAAAACCAGUGAAGGGACUUAACCAACAUAAUGACUGCUGAAUAUUAAGGGAAAACACAAGAAGGUUACAUGUUUGGUUGUCUCAUAUUCUUGGAUUUGAUAUGAGUCAUCACACCUGUUCAUUAGUAUCAUCAACAGCAUCCCAGUUUGUAUGCACAUUAUUCACAUUCCUAUCAGUUGUGUUUGCAGAAAUGACAUUUUACCCUUUUUUCUAAGGGUUGCGUUUUGAUUUUCAUAUUAUUUGGUUGCAUGAAGUUGCCCUUUACCAGUGGCUGAGGUUUAUGAAGAUAUCGCAUACUUGAACAUGUUUGAGAUCCCUUUUCUAAACAGAAAAGGUGUAACUCCAAAUUAUAUCAUUCUAUAUCAGCAUUCUUUAAAAAAGCAAGUAAAUCUUGGCAGCGAGUCCCUUCCAUACAGUGCUACAAUAUCUUCCACCCACAGACAUAAUUUUAAAUUUCCCUAUAUCCAUGCUUUCUUGGGUUUUGAUCAGUUUACAACAUGAAAGAAAAAAAUCUUUUUUCCGUUGAGAUCACCGCAAAGUUCAAUAAUGUAAUAAAAUACCUUUCCUUACUAGAAGUACCUAGCUAGUUAUACUCUUAAUACUUCUCAAAAUCAUGAUGUAAUGUACACUAUCUGACUUAGUUCCUAUAUGUGAAGUUAGUGAAAGUCUUUUUGUGUUUCUUUAGAUUAAUACAAGGAUUUUUUCCAAUGCCAACACAAUUUGAGAUCAUUCAUUUGGAUGCUUUCCACUUUUAAGCUUACUGUGAUAUAGAACCCUAUGGGAAACCAAAAGAAAACAUCGAUUUUAAUUAAUGAAAGGCUUAAAAAGGAUGCUGUCAUUCUGGCUUUUUUUUCCUUUUGGAAAUAGAACUAGACUAGUAAGUAAGCAUUCCAAAUCCAUUAUUCUGUGUACAUUAUUGUUGCUAUUGUGAUAAUAGAGAUUUUUAUUUAUUUUUAUGCCAGCUUUUAUUGUGAAAACAUAUUUAGUCUGGUUUUAUCAAUCCUUGUUAUGCUUGUCCUUGGAACAUCUUUUGCGUAUUCAAGGUUUGUAGUUGACAAGUUUACUGUAAAAAACUUAAAAAAAAAAAAACACAACAAAAAAACAAAAAACGAAACAAAAAGAAAACAAAAAAAUGUAUUGUUUUUACAGAAUAAAUUUAUUGGAAUGUGUAUUGGGAGUAAGGUUUGAGGUUGUAAGCAACUAAGUUAGCGUCAUAUUUGGCUUCAUACGUGUAAUAAUGUGAGGUAUUAAUGUAAGUCAAGUAUUAAAGCAAAACAUUCUGUUAACAUGAGUUGACCAUAAUAGAUACAAGUGCAGGUGAGAUCUUUAUUUUUUCUGUACUUUGCCUUUUCUGGAUAACAGGAGGUUAUUAAAUUCACCUUGAAUGUAUUCAAAGUUUCUUUAAAAACAUUAGAGGUGACAUCAGAGGUGCAAGUGUCUGUGAGACAUCGUGUCCUGUUGCAGCCCAGCAGCUCGGGGCUUGCUUUCUUGGGAGGACCGGGUUGGAGUUAUCCCAAAUUCGAGCGCAUGUGGAAGGAGUCCGCACCAGGGAGGCUGGUGCUUGGAGGAAACCAUUGCUUAAGUUCCUUUUUGCCAAGAAGCAUUGACUAAGAUGUGCUGUGGUUAUUUUGGGCCUGUCCCUCUGGUCAGAGGUAUGAAACCAUGGGUUCUGUCUUCUGAGCGCUGCUGUGAACCACGCCUCCGUGUUUCACUACAGAGCGUGAACGCAUGACUUUCGUGCUGCUCUGAAAGUCCCCUUGUGUCGAGUGCAACAUGCAUGCGCAUGAGCUGAUGCUUUCUUGUUACUGAUUAGGUUUAAAAAGAACACUGAAAUUCUCUUAAGUCAAAACACCCAAAAUUCAACAUCCCAAAAAUAAAGUGUUUGCAGUUAAAAUGUAUCAGCUAAUUUCAUCUGCAAGAAAGGCACUAAACGUACUGCUUUAAGUAUAAAUACCAGUAGCGAUCGUAUAAAUAGUCGUAAUCGCAAGUGGAAACCUAAACCACACCAAGCAAGGUCUCUGUAUAUGCUGCUACUUGUUCAUGACCUAACACCAUUAGCAAAAGGAGCCGCACAGGGUAACACUUCAGCAGAACCCUCCUCUCGGAAAAUGCAUGCUAUUGUGUAAGGGCUGACUGCUCAAAGCUGUGAGCACUCCAUGCCCAGCUCAGAAAUACAAGUAAGCACAUGCUUAACUUCAAGCAGACGAGUAGUCCCUGCAGAAGUGAAUCCUUACAAGUAUUAAGAAAACUAUAUGAUUUGCAUAGCGUAAAUGGAGUCAUACCGUCACAGUGGAUUGCUUCUUGACAGAUUUCCUGGGAUUUUUAACGAGGCUGACCCACGAGACAUUACUUUUUGACAAAUAAAACAUGUGCAUGUUA